AUGGAUCGUGAUACUGUUGUCCCAGUGCUUAUUAAAAAACUGAGAGAUCGUGAUCAAAUUCAAGACCACUACAACGAAUUAUUUAACGAAAUUUCCCCUAAUGCAAGGGAUGAUGGUACUAGUAGUUCAUCUACUACACAUCAGAUAUUAGGUGCCUUGAAGAAGGAAAAUACUUUGAAGGAUCAAAGUAUUGAGGAUUUGCAAGAACGGAUAGAAAUUAUGAACAAAAAUAUUGAAAGGUUAAAUGAUGAAUUAAUAAGUACGAAUAUUGAAAAUAAUAUCUUACAGGAUAAAUUUGAAUCAUUGAAUGAUGAAUAUAAUAAGCUAGUGCAACGUUGGCUUCAAAAGGUCCAAAAAGAGGCAGAUGUUAUGAAUGCAAAUGUUGAAAAUAUAAAUAGUUCAAAAUGA